AUAUAUAUAGUUCCCAUUCAUAUAGCUUCCCUUUCUCUUUAAACACUCUCUGCCUCUUUUCAGCUCUCUCGCCUCUUCCAUCAGACCAUCGUCACCACCAGCAGCAUCAACAAUGGCAGAACGUUUGAUCCUUCUCGGCACCAUGAGAGCCCACACCGAUCAAGUCACAGCAAUUGCGACACCCAUUGACAACUCAGACAUGAUUGUCACAGCCUCUCGUGACAAAUCAAUCAUUCUCUGGAAACUCAUCAAGGACGAAAAGACCUACGGAGUAGCCCACCGUCGAUUGACUGGUCACUCCCACUUCGUCCAAGACGUUGUACUUUCAUCCGACGGUCAAUUUGCUCUAUCCGGCUCCUGGGACGGCGAGCUCCGUCUCUGGGAUCUUGCCGCCGGCGUCUCCGCUCGCCGCUUCGUGGGCCAUACGAAGGAUGUCCUCUCCGUCGCUUUCUCAAUCGACAACCGUCAGAUCGUGUCCGCUUCUCGUGACCGUACGAUUAAGCUGUGGAACACACUGGGUGAGUGCAAAUACACAAUUCAAGAUGGUGAUGCGCAUAAUGAUUGGGUGAGUUGCGUGCGUUUUAGCCCUAAUACUUUACAGCCGACUAUAGUUUCGGCUUCAUGGGACCGGACAGUGAAGGUGUGGAAUUUGACUAACUGUAAGCUAAGGUGCACUCUGGCUGGGCACGGUGGGUAUGUUAACACAGUGGCCGUGUCUCCAGAUGGGUCUUUGUGUGCCAGCGGAGGAAAGGAUGGAGUGAUAUUGUUGUGGGAUUUGGCGGAGGGAAAGAGGCUUUAUAAUUUGGAUGCAGGAGCUGUGAUCCACGCAUUGUGUUUUAGUCCUAAUAGGUACUGGUUAUGUGCUGCUACUGAGAAUAGUAUUAAGAUUUGGGAUUUGGAAAGUAAGAGUAUUGUUGAGGAUUUGAAGGUCGAUCUUAAAGCUGAAGCUGAGAAAUCUGAUGGCUCUACUGUUGCUUCUACUGGUGCAAAGAAGAAGAACAUCUACUGCACAAGCUUGAGCUGGAAUGCUGAUGGAAGCACCUUGUUCAGUGGCUAUACCGAUGGCGUGAUAAGAGUCUGGGGAAUCGGUCGCUUCUAAGAUGAAAGAAGAUUUUGAGAUUAGUGCAGAUUCAUGUUUUGGAUGCUAAACAAAUGCCUUUUUUCUUUUAGUAGUUGAAACCUAUUUAAGAUUUUGUCGAAAGUGUUGGAUCUUUUACUCGUUUCACUAAGUUGGAUAUUAUAUAUGGCUUUGAGGCCUAACCUAUGUUUUGUUUUUUGGAUCACAUAUUUAGAAUGUUUUUUAUUUCAUUUUUUA